CUUACGGAUUCAAGUUCAGUCACCUACUGUGAGCGAGUCUAUCCAAAAGUUCAGGGCGCAAUAUUCCCUUCGCUUCAGUGCUGCCGUGUACGUGGGAUUAGCUCGCCAUCACAUCCACCGCAAGCACCAUCAAACGGAGAAACUUGCACAACGGCCGAAGUGCCCUCCCUUCUACAAGGAACAGGAUCCCCGGUUCCUCAGACGUUUGUCCUCCCCGCGACCUCCCCGCACGUCCACAAUACCGCCUCGAGAAGCACACCCGAAGUGUUUCUGGGAACAUGUUCGUUGAACAGCCACGAGUAGACUCUUUCCCAGGUCCCAAUAUCAGCACAAAGAGAGAUCUGAGAAACCUCUGCGAAGUCGAAGAUUAUAAGACCGGCGCAUUCAAACGUACAACAUUCACCUACGUCGAUAACCAGGACGUGGCAUGGUUCGGUCAGACACCCGAUAUACGAAAGUAUGAUUUGACCGUGGAAGAUCUGAAUCGACUCUUGCAACAAAUCCCGGAUGAAAAAGUCUAUCCGAUAAGGCCCUCGUCUAUCUCCACUGUCUCAGAUGCAGACCAAAGGAAUCUCUUCAUCAAACGUCCGAAACUUCUGUGCCUUGACGAUGAAGAAGAGACGAAGCUCUUGCCCCAAAUGCUCCUCGAGGAAGCGGAGGUCUUAGAGUUUCUCAAACAACACCACCAUCCAAAUCUUAUCAGAUAUUACGGACGUACUGUCAAUCGCGGUCGUAUUACCGGAAUUGCCCUUGAAAAUCACCAAGUCAUUCUGCAGUAUCACUUUAAGAAAGUUUCAAAUAGUUUCAACAUUGUUGCUUGCAUGGAAGGUAUCCGCGCAGGUGUAGAACACCUCCAUGCCCUUGGAUUCGCACACAAUGACCUCAAUCCAAUGAACAUUGCACUUGAUAGCAAUGAUAACCCGAUCAUUCUGGACUUUAGGUCUUGUAGACGGUUUGGCGAGCAACUUCUUUCCGCGGGCACGUAUGGCUGGAUAGAGGAGGAUUUUACCACCUCUGCGCAACGACAUGACGAGUUCGCAAUGAAAAAGAUAGAAGCUUGGUUGAAGGAGAAGAGUAAU